ACGGCCGCGCACACACAUGCGCGUGCCGAUCUGCCGAGUGCGAGUGUCGCGAGCGCUUGUCACGCUCGCCGGAAGGUUAGAUCCCGAUGAUUAAGUCGAGCCGGACCUCAUAAACACGCGAUAUACGGGGCGGGUAGCGGCGCCUCAGGGUUUUCAUCUUUUUACGUAGGAUGGAGGAGAUCGACAAUAUAAUAAUUCACUCGUUGCGACAAAUAGGCUGUGACAUUGAAGAGAACGUAACGAAUCUCAGUGGCUUUAACACCGAAUUAGUAGUUGAAGCCACUGUAAGAUGCUUAGAAGCAAUAAGGCCGGGCCUAGGCCUGUCCACCGUACUACCCGUGAACAUGGCAGCGCGCUUUCGACUGGGCGCUACCCUCGCGCAAACGUGCACGGAACUCGGGUACAGAGGUGACAUCGGCUACCAGACGUUCCUGUACAACUCGGAAGCAGAUCUGCGAAGGGUGUUUAUGUUUCUCAUCGAAAAACUGCCAAAGGAGAGUGAGAAGACCGUAAACGAGUCCAUCAGUAAGGUCGCUCUGUUGGAGAAAUCGGUAGCGUCCGCGAUAUCCCGGGGGCUCUCUGUACCGUGGUUGCCGCACUAUUGUCACAAACAAGGAUUCAGGAAUAGAGGGAGAGCGAGUGUCCCUUACGCAUCUGUAAAUAUUGAAGUACCAAUAGCAGAUAUGGAGGAUGAUUAUAAAGACUAUUGUAUGCGCUAUUUACAACCAGUGCCUGAACAAAUGCAAGACAUUUCAUGCUUUUUACCUUCAAUGAUAUCGUACAAUGCGAGAGCGCUUAAUACUAAUCCAACAGAUAUUGUGCAGCGCAUAAAUUGGCUCAAUAAUCAACAACAGUCUGAGAAAGCUGCUUAUUCUAAUGCGUAUAAUAUUGUCAAGGAGUUCAGCAAGUUCUCGUCGGAGAACAGGACGCAAACUUCAACAGAAUCUCAGGUGAAACCAGAAUCCGCAAUACAUCCAGUGCUUCCAAAUCAAGAAAUGUUAAGAAACGAGGCAAAACAGGAAGUUGAAACAGAAAAGUUGAAAGGCGAAUGCGAAAGUCUUAGAAUAAGUAUAGAGGAAUUACAAAAUGAGAUUAAGAAAUUGACCACCAGAUUGGCACAAGCGACGAUAACGAGUCAGAACGAAGAGAAGGAGUUAAAAGUCAGUGAGGAACAGAAAAAGAUCAAAGCAAGAGCGUACGAACUACUUCAAGAUGGGCCAGAGAACGUAAAGAAGUUGGAGUCCGCAAUUGAAGCUAGUACAAGCAAAUUGAUUAACUUAGCGAAUCAGUGGGAAAAGCACAGAGUACCCUUAAUCAUGAAGUACAGGCAAGAAAGAGAAAAGCAUUCCACAAAAGCCAAUGCGAGCCAAAAGAAGCUGGACGAGAUAAAAUUCUUAAAAGAGAAGGAGAAGGAACUUCAGGAGGAAUGUCGGAAUAAGGAUCAACAGUAUUCACAGCUGGUCGCGGAAGUUCAGAAGCUUCCGAAGGAAGUGAACAGAUCCGCGUACACUCAACGAAUUUUAGAAAUAAUAAAUAACGUCAGGAAACAGAGGGAUGAGAUAAGCAAGGUUCUGGCGGAUACCCGUGAGAUUCAGAAGGAAAUCAAUACGCUUACCGGGAGACUGGAGAGAUCCUUCACCGUCGUGGACGAGCUGAUAUUCAGAGACGCGAGGACGAACGAAGCUUCGCGGAAGGCUUACAAAUUACUGGCGACGUUACACUCGGACUGCAACGAGCUCGUGAGUUUGGUCGAGGAAACGGGUGCGACAAUACGAGAGAUUAGAGAUUUGGAGGAACAGAUCGAUUCCGAGUCCGCUAAGAAUGUCGGUGCUAAUUUGGAGAGGAUAACUGCCGACUUGAAACAGAUGAAGCAAGAAACCGCCGCGUUGACCGCACAACUCCAGAGCAAAGCCUCGUGAUUGUUAUGUACAGUGCUGCGCCAUUUUGCGAAUUGUAACAUUCAGGACCAGAUGGGAAUCUAGUACAGAAUACAAAACGAAUACAAUCGAACGCAUCAAAGACCAAACGUUUUUUUUAGCUGCGCAACUGGCAAAAUGUAAUGCGAUAUAUCGUCCGUGAGAAAUUUCCGCGAAUCUACUAAGUUGGCUGCUAAAGAAGAAACCUACAACGUGCCUUGGCCUGGAGUCGUCAGGCAUUAGGCUUCCACUAGCCUCGGGCCAAGUGUAUAAUAAAGACACGCUGCUAACAUCAAUGCUCAAAGAGACAUUAUUUGUUACAAAGCCUAAUAAUUUUUUAGCAUCAAGUAUUCGACUUUCGUAUCUCUCGCGACUCGAGGAAGAUCUGAUCUUACAGCUGUAAAUAAGAUAACUGCUAAAAGAAAAACGUCAUUUUCCGAGCAAGGAAAACAUGUACAAAAUAUAGAAUGUGUACGAACAAUGGUAAAA